AUGAGUUUCCAUGUGUUGGACAGAGUACCUGCAGGAGCUAAUGAGUUUGUCCUUGGAGCAGCCCCCAAGCCAGCGUCAUGGACAAGACACAUGUCACGCACUUGUAAUGACAGUGACUGGUUCCCUGCUGCCUCUCAUAUGGUAAAGAAUGUAUGCCAUGUGUUAACUAGUCAAGGUCUAAUGGAAUAUCGAUGCCAGAGUGCUCAGCAGGCAUCCCUAACCUACCUUACAUCGUGUGGGCCCUCUGCAGUAGUGAGCCCAGGAGAGGCCCAUGCAAUGUGCACCUUUUCUGGCCUUAUUCCUCAAGAGAACCAUCUGACAACUACAGGCUCUUCUAUGGUUUUGGAGCGUGAAGCCCUUCUGAAUGUGGCUCUGGACCAGCAGUUGGUGUCCCUUUUGGUUCAGUGUGUUGCAGAAUUUGCCGAGGGUCGCUUUACUAACCUUGGAUGCUCCCUACCAUCUUUAUUAGACUGGGCUUGGUCGAGAGUGUGUGCCAUCAAGGCUACCAAUGACAACCUUAGUCUACCCUUGUUUGACCCAGACUGUGGAGUCAUUAGUGCAGAGAGCAUUACCACUCUUCACCAGAAUCUCAACAGUUUGGCCUCUCUCACCACCGUUGUUACUGCCAUAAGGGACUGUGCCAAAACUAAUAUGAUAACCAUGAAAGGUGCUGGUGAGCUUGAGAGUCGUGUCCAGGUUGUGAGUCUCUUGAUGCUACAUUUGAGUGUCGUCCUGUGGUUUUAUCACUGUGGCCUACUUUCCCAUAGUCCCACAGAAGACAUUGAAGAGUGUCAUGUACCCUUCCCUGCUGAUCUCUUGUGUCGGAUAUACAAGAACAGACGCUCAGAAAUCAAGCGACUGAGCACCACCCUCAAUGGUGCUGAGAUCCUCAUGAUUGAUGGUUUGUUGGAAGACUUAAAUGGUGGCGGCAGUAUUGGGAAGGCUUGGGAAAAAGAGGGAGGAAGUGGUUUGUACCCUCCACCUUCUCUACAUGCCCUUUUAGCCAUCUUCCUCCUACCAGAUAUCUCCACUACCACCAAGCACCGCAUCGUCCAAUACCUCUUCCUUGAUCUAGCGUCUCUCCUCUCCGAUGGGUACACAAGAGUAGUAGAGGAGUUGGUGAAGUAUCCAUCAAGUUUUUCUCUGUCGCCUUCACACAUCAAGCUUACCCAGGCCUUCUGGUUGCUUGACCACAAAGACUUCCAGGAGGGACUUAACGUGUUACUGGAUCCUCUUGUUAACACUAAUGACAUUACACCCUCACAACACAGAAGAAUUGUUAAAGCUUUCCUCUAUCAGGGUGAACACACAAGGGCACUGACUUAUGCCCAGAUCCGUCAGCCUCCAAAGGUGGACUUGGAUGACAUUCGACUGCAUCUAACCCUCCUCUUAGCCAAUGGCCUGAUCCGAGAAGCCUUCCACUACCAGAGGACUCAUCGGGUUAAGGACAACUCAGAAGAUCUUCUAAAUCAUCUUUUCACAGGUUGUGAACAACUUGGGAAACUGGAGUGUGUGGUUCACCUACCUCUCUCACCCUUGGAAGAGGAUGCACUUGUUUCCUAUCUGAGGACCUCCUCGUAUCCUGCAGCCCAGGAUUAUCUCCUUGUUUAUUAUCUGCAGAGAGCGAGAUACGAUGAAGCUGCAGUUUUGCAAAACAGCUUGCGUGGUGGUCUGGGUACUGCCAAAAAGCGACAGGGAGCAAGGUCAGCACUCAUCCAUGGCUAUCUCACACACUUGCCUGAUGUUGCUAAGAAGCUGUCAUCUGCCAACUUAAGCAACAGAGGACCAACACACACUGUUUACAGUAAACCCCAGCCCCUUCAUCCAAGCAGCAUGCAGCCCCAAGACACUGCA